AUGUUUGUACAUUUAUUCGCGUGCAUGUAUUUCAUUGUAUUUGACUCGAUAACUCAACAAGUUGUAGCGUUCAUAUCAGUGUUAGACCACGGCAUAUAUCCUCUGGAACAAGGAUCUAUUGGAAUACAAUUCUUUAUCGACAUUGAGAACAACAAUCACUUUGUAGCAUGCAAAGUCAACUCGUGGCCAAAAAUGUGCUGCCUAGCUGAUGAAGACUACAAAGAUUGUAAUUUAGAUGCGAUUCCAGGAGACAACGAGGAACUUAUCAAACCUAACAGUAGAGAAACCUUGGUGUAUGUAUACCCCACACUAUACCAAUACGACCAGGUCGGGUACUGCGACUUUGUCAUAGACUUCAAAUGUGGCAGAAACAGGCGGCGGUCCAGACAAGUGGCUGUCAAAAUACCAUUUGAUACACAAUUCGCUAAUAAAAAGGAUUCACAGUAUCUUAAAGCGUAUAUGGAUGUAAAAGGCAGCGAGUGUGCUUCGCUCGAUGAAGAUCCCUUGCAUGAGUGUGAAGCUGUCAACUGUGACCUGAAGUACGCCGGCCGGAGACCGUACUUUGACAAACGCAACAAGUGCGUCAGCGCGCCCGUCUGCGAUACCAACGUGAUCAAGGCGCUCCCUGACAUAGUGUACGUGCCCAAAAAUAACAUUUGUCGAGACCUAGACCACCCCAUCACAGUUGGAGACAUAUACGCUAUCAGCACAGGCCUUGGCGUUGUGACUGAAGCAACAUCACAUUACAAUAAUUUGAAGAUACGGAUGAAAUCAAACUGUUCAACGAUAUCACAGAAUAUGGUCAUGUUAAAAGACAUGAUGUAUGGAAAGCUGUGUCCGAUGUUCAACGGAGACACGUCCGGGUACGAAGAAUGCUGUACAAAUGCCUUACUAUCAAUAGUCUCUUACGUGAUUGCUAUCUGUGGCUUGCUCCUGUCUCUCGUGUGCUGUAUUCACACGACAAUGUGGUGCUAUUCAAAAUGGACGAAAGGAGAAAUGGGUAAUACUUUCAUGUGUUGGAAACCAGUAAAUACUAACGUGUCAGUACACAGAAGCUUCGCAACACGUAGAGACGUAACCAACAGUCUAUUGAGAGAAGUGAUUGUGAAGGACUUGCCGAUAGAGAUGCGUGACAGUGUUGUGGACAUCUGCCAGAGAAUUGAUAAGGAGAUAAAACAAAAGAAAAGAUACAGAAUACAUGACCUAGGCAGUCAGAUUAACCUUAGAGAAGAAGAGUCCAAUACCACUUCUGAUACUACUUCUCAAUCAUCUGUAUCUAAUGAUGAUAAACGUGGUCGAGUCAAACUCAUCAAAUAA